UGCUGAGAAGCGUGUGUGCGGCCCUUCCCCUGCCUCCUGCCUUGACCCUGCACGGGCGAUGUGGGCUCUCCUGGAGCCAGGCCGUGGAGAGGCGGCCAUUCUCAGCCUCCCUGGACAAAGCCAGGGUUCCCUUGGCAACGGGACCUUGUGGACGCUGGUGAAGGGGUUUCCCUCCAGCCCCGGGCCUCUUUCAACUCCAGAGCUCACCCGGGGUGCGCGUCUCUCAUGGAGGCAUCUCUAAGCAGGGUUUGAUCUCAGUGUAGAACUUGUCUCCUUUUGUCAACUGUUUGAUGUGUCUGAAGAAGCGAGAUCAAGUGCCCUACAGAGAGAGGCUACCCUUUAAAGACAGGCAUUUCACUUGCAGCAAAAUAAUAGGAAGGAGGUUCGCUUGCUUUACGCAGAGGCUGAGCCACAGGAGAAAGCAAAGCCAAUGUGAUUUAUUGAAUGAAAGCACUGGACAAUUACCAACAACUUGUUCCUCUGCUGCCUCGAACAACCUAAACUGGAACUGCUGUAUAAAAAUGACCCAACAGAUGCAGAAUUUACAUCUUUCCCAGUCAAAGAAGCACAGUGCCCCAUCGUCCCCCAAUGCUGCCAAACGCUUGUACCGGAAUCUCUCAGAGAAACUGAAAGGGAGCCACUCCUCAUUUGAUGAGGCCUAUUUUAGAACAAGAACUGAUCGACUGGGUCUUAGGAAGACCUCGGUGAAUUUCCAGGGCAACGAAGCCAUGUUUGAAGCAGUUGAGCAGCAAGACAUUGAUGCUGUGCAGCUCCUCCUGUACCAGUACACACCAGAAGAGCUAGACCUCAACACGCCUAACAGUGAGGGACUAACGCCCCUGGAUAUUGCCAUCAUGACCAACAAUGUGCCCAUUGCUAGGAUUCUUCUGAGGACAGGAGCUAGAGAAAGUCCACACUUUGUCAGCCUGGAAAGCCGAGCGAUGCACCUCAACACACUGGUCCAGGAGGCCCAGGACAGGGUGAGUGAACUGUCUGCCCAGGUGGAGAAUGAAGGAUUCACUCUGGACAACACAGAGAAAGAGAAACAGCUGAAAGCCUGGGAGUGGAGGUAUCGGCUCUACAGGCGCAUGAAAACGGGCUUCGAACAUGCCAGAGCCCCCGAGGUGCCAGCCAAUGCCUGUCUCACAGUAACCAGCAGCACAUCACUCACUGUCAGCUUCCAAGAGCCGCUCAGUGCCAAUGCAGCUGUAGUGACCAGGUAUAAAGUGGAAUGGAGUAUGUCUAAAGACUUUUCUCCCUUGGCUGGAGAAAUCAUCAUGGAUAACCUACAGACGCUGAGAUGCACAAUCACAGGACUUAAGACGGGCCAACAAUAUUUUGUUCAGGUCUCGGCUUAUAACAUGAAAGGAUGGGGACCAGCUCAGACCACGACACCGGCAUGUGCCUCUCCUUCUAACUGGAAAGACUAUGACGACAGAGAGCCCAGACACAAGGGACAGAGCGAAGUUUUGGAGAGUCUGCUGCAGCAGGUCCGAGCCCUUCAUCAGCAUCACAGUUGCCGGGAAAGUUCAAAAUUACAAACCACAGGCCGCAAGCAGUCAGUAUCGAGGAGCCUGAAACACCUUUUCCAUUCCUCCAAUAAGUUUGUGAAGACCUUGAAACGGGGACUCUACAUAGCAGUUAUAUUUUAUUAUAAAGACAACAUGUUAGUCACCAAUGAAGAUCAAAUACCAAUUGUUGAAAUAGAUGAUUCUCACACCAGUUCUAUUACACAAGAUUUUCUGUGGUUCACAAAGCUGUCUUGUAUGUGGGAAGACAUAAGGUGGCUGAGGCAAAGCGUACCUAUCUCCAUGUCUUCAUCCACAGUGCUACAAACUCGGCAGAAGAUGCUCACUGCAACUGCCCAGCUACAGAAUUUACUUGGAACACACAACUUGGGAAGAGUUUACUAUGAGCCCAUUAAAGACCGGCAUGGAAACAUACUCAUAGUCACCAUCAGAGAGGUGGAGAUGCUUUAUUCCUUUUUUAAUGGCAAAUGGAUGCAGAUCUCAAAGCUUCAAAGCCAGAGGAAGUCUCUAUCAACACCAGAGGAACCAACAGCCUUAGAUAUUUUACUGAUAACCAUCCAGGAUAUUCUCUCCUAUCACAAAAGGAGUCAUCAGCGUCUCUCUCCUGGAUUAUAUCUAGGUUACCUAAAACUAUGUAGCUCUGUGGAUCAGAUCAAAGUUCUUGUUACUCAAAAGUUACCCAACAUCCUCUGCCAUGUGAAGAUCCGUGAAAACAAUAACAUUUCCAAAGAGGAGUGGGAAUGGAUCCAAAAGCUUUCUGGCUCUGAAUCUAUGGAAAGUGUGGAUCAUACUUCUGACUGCCUCAUGCAAUUGUUCUUCUACGAGCUCCAGAUGGCAGUGAAAGCUCUCCUUAAGCAGAUCAAUAUACCUCUACACCAGGCAAGGAACUUCCGCCUCUACACACAGGAGGUGUUGGAAUUGGGUCACAAUGUGUCCUUUCUUCUCCUGCUCCCUGCUUCAGACGACGUCUGCACAGCCCCAGGACAGAAUAAUCCUUACACCCCACACUCAGGGUUUCUUAACCUCCCUCUUCAGAUGUUUGAACUUGUUCAUUUUUGCAGCUAUAGAGAGAAAUUUAUUAGUCUGUAUUGCCGCCUUUCUGCUGUUGUGGAGCUGGAUUCUCUGAAUACCCAACAGUCCCUAAGGGAAGCCAUCUCAGACAGUGAGGUUGCAGCUGCCAAACAAAGACACCAGCAAGUUUUAGAUUUCAUUCAGCAAAUAGAUGAAAGUUGGCGUGAAAUGAGAUGGAUCAUGGAUGCUCUACAAUAUGCAAGAUACAAACAACCAGUUUCUGGCUUUCCCAUCACUAAGCUGAUAUACCCCUCAGAUGAGCAGGAUCUAAAGAAGAUCAAUUCUACAUCAUCACAUAUUGACUGUCUUCCAUCACCAUCCCCAUCCCCAGAGAUGCACAGAAGAAAGGCAGUGAGUGAGUCCCAGCCCUGCUCUGAUGAAGAAGGCUGUUCGGAAGUCUUCCUCCCCACGGACAGCGACUACGACUCCAGCGACGCCCUGAGCCCCAGAGACCUGGACCUGGUCUACCUUUCCUCCCAUGACAUCGCCCAACAAGCCCUUAGCGGUCUCAGCGGCAGCGCCCCCGAUGUCCUACAGGUCCACGACAUGAAGACGCCAGUGGGACUAGGACAGGACCCCCAGGGCAGGGCGCAAGGCCUCGACCCUGACCGCUCAUGCGUCGAGGUCCUCCACGGCCUGUCGCUCACCGGCCUCGCGCCCAAGAACCACUCCAAGAUGGCGCCGGGCGCACGGCCGCCGCUGGGCUUCCUGGGAAAGCGGAAGUCAGGCAAGCACCAGCACUACGGAGGCUUCAGCCGCCACCGCCGCUGGCUGCGCAUGCACAGUGAGACGCAGUCGCUGUCGCUUUCCGAGGGCGUCUACACGCCUCACCUGUCCCAAGCCUGUGGUCUGGCCCAGGAGUCUAGGGAGGCCGAGGGGCCUGGACCUGCCCUCGACGGGCCCCGGGGCCUGACCUUGGCCCACGCAGCCAGCCUGCCGGAGGAGCGCAAGGGCUGCUUUCAGGACCCGAGGCCUUCUGCCCACCGCAUCUACGUGGAGCCCUACCCGGGCACCCUGAUACGCCAGGAUGCCCAGCCGUGGGCCGGCUUGAGCCCGCCCCCUGGAGGCCGAGUCCGCCUGUCCAGCCCUGCCCGUCCUGAGAUGAGUCCCGAGGGUCCCACCUCGCCAGUGUCCGAAAUCCUCAGCAGCAUGCUUUAGGAAGGCCCGCGCUGGCUGUCCACCAUCCCACUGCUAGUCCCUGCCUUGCCCAUCACCCUGGCUGCCCCUCUUUGCCCUCACCCAUUUUUGAACGUUUUGAAUGCUACAAAUCCAAAGGUUAUAGGUUCAAGGACCUCUUGUUUAAGAGCAGAGCAGAAGCCAAGGCCAGAGUUGCCAGCGCUAUUCCCGGUUCAACCUAGAAAGGGCGUGGAGAAGCUUUUAUGUCAACAUGGAGUCUGAGACGCAGUGAUUCAAACAUGCCACCCCGUUAGUUGCAUCUGUGGCUGAGGAAGGCCAGCCCGAAGACACACCCUCAGUUUUGCAGCUGGCUCUGUAACCUGACCCCUGGGUUUAGGGCUCUUUCAUGAAUCUGUGAUUAAUGAGGAGUUCUACAGCUGGAAAUAAGAUUGGCAUAGUUUUAUCCUUGAAUCCAAACCUUUAGAGUGGUUUAGGGAAAAGAGACCUGAGUUGUGACUUCAGAGCGUGGUAUCAAGUGGACUUUAGCAGAGUUCCCUGUCAGCUAAGCCAGGCCAUGCCAAAGUGCAGGGUUCUCAGAACUCACCAAAUCCAGUUUAUCAUCAGCUUAUCUGAUUAAAUAGGCCUUGGCAGACCUCUUUGUCUUUUAGUGCUAUGUGGAGACCACCAGAAACUAAAAUAGAGGACACUUUCAGCUCUAACUUGCAAAGAUAGAAUAGGAUAGGAGGCAAUCCUUCCUGCUCACUCAGCUCCCAUUCUGAUCUGAAAACGAGCCAUAAAUUGUUCUAGGCUGCAGGGAGAUGGCUGAGUUAAGUGAAAGCCUGAAUUGUAGACAAGACCAGGAAAAGGAGAGAAAUAUGAGCAAAAAUGUAUUUCCUUUACAAUUCUAAGCAAAAGAAGUCCAUGAGCGUCAUGUCUCCCAAAAUUGCAGUGGAUUUGCUCAGGAUUAUGAAGUGGUGAAGUCAUUUUUAAACAAGGAAGUUCCCUGCAGAUGUGGCCAGGCAGUGAUAGGCUCCUCACAGCCCCUUGAACAUACUCUAGGCCCACCCCACAGGUCAAGGGAUUGGGUAUCCAGGGUUAGGAUUGGCUGCCUUCCACUUUCAAAUCUACUCAAUGUCAAUUUUGCCCCAAAAUCGUCUGGCCCAUGGGCCACAGGAAAAAAUCUUUCUUCAGAAGACCCUGGCAGUGGUUUAUUCCAAGAAUGUGCUCAAAAACACCUGGAAAUCCUAUACUCAUUGCCUCUUUCCUGAAUUUCUCACAAAUAAGCAACCCAAAUCAAAGAUAAAUUCCACUGAAUAUUCAUAAAGGGCAUGAGUCUUUGAUCUCUUGGAAUCAAGACCCCUUCAGUUAAGUGAUAUUCUAAAUGAUUCUUUUCUGCUUCACAGGCAUUUUAGUUAAAUAUUACUCUUUAUGAUCCUUUCCCUGUCCUCACAGUCCUUCCAUUUCUGCUCAUGGGAAUUCAUACAAAGUCCCCUGUUCACAAUGUUAUUUUGAUCUCUUCCAUUUUUAAAACAUUUAAUUUAAACAUAAAUAAUUACCAUGCUGGAAAGGCACAUAUUUGACCCAUGGCCUAUGGUCAUUAGAAAACUAAAGCCCAGAAUUCAGUCUUUAUUUUUUUUAAGAGAAUUUACACUCAAUGAACUCCCUCCAAAAUCUUCAUCAGAAUCACUACUGUUCCUUUUCCAUGCCUGGGAGGAUUUUAAAGUAUAGUUUUCUUCCAUGUGAAUGGGGACAGAAGGAGUAAGAGUUAAAACAAGAAGGGCCAUAAAAUUUGUCCAAGUCCUUAUUUAUCAGGAAGGGCAAUUAAAGUCCAGAGAGGUUAAGUACAUUGCUCAAGGUCUCAGAGCUGGUAUAGUCUUAGAGUUAACAUCAGAAACAAGAACAACAUCCUUUAUAGCAGGCUGUCCCAUUGGGAAUUGAAAUAUAUAUAGUCAACUCUUGAUUAUCUAUAAGCUAAUUACCUAUUGUGCAAAACUAGCUCAGUGAUAGAGUGCUUACCUAGCAUAUGUGAGGCAUUGGGUUCGAUCCUCAGCACCACAUAAAAAUAAAGUGUCCAUAUACAACUAAAAAUAUUUUUUAAAAACCUUUACUUCCAAUUUCAAUUCAAGUCCAUUGUGCAACCUGUAGCUAACAAAUUUUCAAUAUCUCAGAGUUCCUUGUUGCUAGGGAAUGCAAAACUUCAUGUAAAAGUUAUCUAAGUUUACUAGCUAAAAAGCAAAUUUGAGAGAAAUUUCAGAUUAUGACUCCUAGAUAAUAAAAGUAAUGGCAGAAUUGCACACAUUAAAGUUUCUUCUUAUUUUAAGUAAGACAUUGUUUACAUGAAAUGAGUCCCUGAGAUGAGACGCUGGAGUUGUCAAAACCUGAGAAGCCACGCAACUUUUUGAUCCACACCUUUCUGCUGACACAGGAGGAAGUUUUUGACUGUGCAUCAGAUGGGAGGCAUUCAACAAGCAGCUGAGACAGAGACUGACCCACCUUUUUGAACCUUCAUUUGGUCAGCAAGUUCUGGCUUACUGGACCCAAACUGUAUUAAUUUCAAACCCACUAACUUAUAUUGGGGAUACAGUCAUAUCUUUAUUUUUUCACAAGUAAAAGAGGAAUGAGUAAUGCACAGUAGAUUUUAUUGGGCCUACUUGAUCCACUUGAAAGUGUAUUUUUCUAGCAAUAUUUUCUUAAAAAGUGGAUAUUUUAUAUCCUCAAGAAUUAGCCAUUAGUUCAGGUUGCUCACCCCCAUGUUCCAUUUUGUAACACUCGUGAGCUCAGUUUAAGAAUUAAGGUAUUCUAGUGAGAAAAAAAAAUGUAUUCUUUAAUUCACAGAUUUAUAUUUAUUCGCAUUAAUUAUAGAGAUAUGUCAGUGUAUAGGGAAUUUUUGGUUUUUUAUCUCUUUUCCUCCCAAGUCCCAUAGAGAACCAAAGAAUCAAGGGUGAAACACAUCCCCAGGCCUCAAGGGGCUCACAAUCUGAUCCAAGAACGCAGCCAUACAUCAGCAUACAUCUUCUCUUUGAGGACUUGAAGAAGCAAGAGCCUGUCUCCUCAGCUAGACAAACAUAGCACAUGUUCUGCUAGACAUCUUUGAUUGCACUCCUGCUGUCAAUUUGUAAGGGAGGAGAACCUAGAAAAUACAAGUCCUGGAUGUAUAUGCUGGACAAUAUUUACAAGGCUAUCGCACCCUCUUAAUUGGUAAGGGUACCUGGUAGAGAGUAAUUAAAAACUUUCACUCCAGGGAAUGAGUAUUUUAAGAAGUGGGUACUUAAAGAUGAGAUCCAUUCCAUUUUAAGAACAUUCACUAACGCUCGAAGCAAUAAUUACACUGGAGAAAAUGGUUCCAUUUGGUUUGAAAAUUGAAGCCAGUUCGUAAUAAUAUUCCUCCAGUCCCCUUUCCUGAAGGAUCCCAAAGCACUUCAUGAAAAGCAAUGACUGAAGCCUUGUUGUAUUCCCCUAAAGAGACCUUGUCUGGGAGCCACCUGGCAAACACCUACCCCAUCCUUGCCAGGAGAUCAUGCCAGACAAGUGGAAAAGAGGACUGGCCUCUCAUUCAUUGUUCUGGUGCCACACAAACGUGUACCCUGCUGAGGGUUGAGCUCUUCCCUGGAAGAUAACCCCGUUAGGCAAAAAGGCAUGCUAGAAAAAUCUCAGCUCCCAGCCUCCUCUUUUUCCUUGCCCUUCACCUAAGAUGUACUUGCUUUCUCUUGGAAAACCAUCAAUUCAAGCUGUCAGGGGGUCUGCAGUGCGUUUAAGUUCCCCAGUUAUGUUAACAGCACACAGAAUUUACUGGCUUCAGAAAAUUUAUAUAUGCAGAAUGCCACUAUUCUACAGCUCUCAACCCUGCAGGCAGCAGAGCCACAGCUGAGAGGGUGCAUCUUUGCAUAUUUGUUUAUUAAACCCUAAUAUACAGAUUAAAGAGGGUAGUUAUAGAUGAACAAGAGCACGCUCUUAGCCAAUUCAAAGUGUUAUAUUGUCACUUUAUAAAGCCUAAGUAUUUUUCCAGAUGAUUCAGUGAAACAAAUCUGGGAUUUUUGUCAAGGUCAUUAUCUUGAAGGAAAUUUUUAAAGGAGCUAUUUGGAGAGCAAGGGUAUCUCUUGAUAGGUAGUAAGGUGAACAAGGAAAAAAAUUUGUUUCUCUGCCGGUCACCUCUCAUAAAGAUGUUCAAACACAUGGCUUACGACUGUUAAGCUAAACUUCAAUGCGGCCUUAAAACAACAAGGGUAGUGUAUUUGAAACUAUGUUGUACAGCUUGGAAACUUAUUCUAAGAUCUUAAUUCAGAGUUUUUCUGAGGUGUUGAACUUUGCCAUUAGCAAAAAGUAUUUUUAGAAAAAAAUCCAUUGACUGUUUAUGAAGCACUGAUUUUGCCAUAUUUCAGGUCUCUGGUUUUUCCACCGCAUCUGUGCACAGUAGUUAUAUUUGUUUUUCAAUUAUUUCUUCUAUUUCCAUUAAUAAUGAAUCUGUAAAACGGUCAUUCGAAAGGACAGUUGGUUUUGUUUAAUGAUUGGGUAAGUGGACUGUGAAAAUAUUCGAAUUUGGUAGUGGAAGUAGGAGGUUUAUUAUUGUUGUGUUGUUUUAAAAAUUAUGCUAGGGUCUUUCCCUUCCAGAUGUACAUGUCUUUAAUUUCAGCAAAAGCCAAUAUUUAACUUAAUGACAAAUGUUAUGAAGCUAUUAGUUAAUGCUCUUUGCUCUUCUUCCUUCAGUCGAUGGCAUGAAAGUCUAAAUAUACUUUCACAGUAACCACCCUCCAGUGACUGAUUUACAAAGGGCAAGUCUGGCAAAUUGUAAGUCACUCUGAGUUUCUGUGUUGCCUUUUGCCUUGUGACAAACCAGAGUUUGCGAAUAUCCCAGGUAUGUGAUCACAAGUGUCAGUUUGAAGUUUGUAAUGGAAAAAGAAUGGGGGGGGUGGUGCAGUAUGUCAUGGAUGUUUCAUAGAAAAAAAAUAAUUUAAGUGACAUUCUAUUAGGCAAUGCUUAAUUGCUUCCUGCCUGAUGUAUACCUAGUAAUCUGGCUGAUUAUUGGUUGUUAUUUGUCAGAAUUUAUUGUAUCUUGUUGCCGCAUAUGCAACUGAGUAUAUGUUAAAAUUUAGACUUCAGUAUGUUAUCUGCACAAUUUUGUGUGCUUUACACCUCUGUAAAUAUACAAAUAAAGAAAUCACAUAUGAUGUGUUAAAUGUGACCUCCAGUCUUGAAACAAUAAUAUUUUGUAGUAUGAAUAUUUGGAAAUUAUUUGAACAUUUUAAAUGGAUAUUGUAAAUGGCCAGUACCUUCAAUCAAAAACAGCCCUGGUAGAAUGAGUGCCUCUUCAACUUGCCCAUUAAGAAGAGGAGGUCAGGGGUUAACAAGAAUUAAGAUAAUUUUUCUAAUGGCAAGUAUUUUUUAUAAUUUCCUACCUGCCUAAUUGCAUUUUCAAGAAAAAUUGUUGACCUAAAAAAAUCUUAGCUAUCCAAUGGAAUGAUUGUUUCAAAAGCAUUAAAUAUACUUUAUAUCUCACCUAAUAAUGUUGAAAUCUAAGUCAAGAGUGAAGAAGUAAAAAAUAUUUUUGAUGCUUCAUAAGAUUUUUUUGCUAUUUAAAAGAUAGUUUACAAGUCUUUUGUCUUUGGUGUGGAGAAAUGUCAAUUAAAUAAUAAACUAAAAGAACUUCAGCACAUGGCUUACCUAAUGCUUUUUCCAUGUCUCAAUGAACACAAAAAUUGUUCAGCCUGAACUUUUAAAAUCUUCGCACUUAAACUUUGAAAGAGUUAUUAUCUGGGGCAUUGUUUUGACAAUUAUUAGCAAAGUCUGACUUGUUGGAUCUUGACUAAUUAAUAGCAUUUAGACUAUUCCUCUUUCCUAAUUGAAGAUACAGCAACAUAUUACAAUGGCAAAUACUCUCACCAGGUUGUACCCAGGAGCUUGGCCAUCAUAACCUCACUUCUUCCUCCAAUGCAUGCAUGUUUGAACAUCUGGAGUGCAUUCUGCAUGCCUUGUCCUAUCUCCAUUUCUUUAUCCCUUCUCCACAUCCACAGAGCUCCUUCUCCCCCUUCUACAAUGUUUGAGGACACUACAAAGAGAUUAUUUCAAUCCCAGGAACCUGAACAAAAAACGUUCUCCUGAAUUCCCAAGGACAGGAAAUAUGCUGCUUUGGACCAUGUAUUUGUCUUAUGCUGUCUUACAGAAUUCUUUUAAAUGCACAUGCGCACUAUGUACACACACACACACACACACACACACACACACACACACACACAUUCAGCUCCUCAUUGGCAUGUUUGUGGUCGGCUUCCUGACAGCCUCAGAGGGCUGUUUUGUUGUCCUGGCCAAAUGUGCUGUUUUCCCUAUGUAAAUUGUCAUCUUUCUAAGCAAACCAUUACUUUCUUUUCCUAAUUCUGUCUUUAAAUAAAAGUUUACCUUCUUUUUCAAACCAAA